AUGCAGAUAACAUAUGAACUGCAUAUGAACCACAUAUGAACUAUUUUACAUAUUACAUGCCACUUCUUCUACUCUUCUGUCCUUCUGUCAGAUCUGUCAAUGGUCGGUUCGAGUUUCGAGUGGUUCGACAAGAAAGCAAAAGUCCAAAAUUACGAAGGGCUUAAUCCAAAAUCCAAAGAAAAAAUGGCUCUAUAUUUAUUACAAUAUCAAAACGACGGGAGAAAAAAUUAAAAUAAAUUAUUCAGUCAAGUAUACUAAAAGUAUUUCAUAUUUAUGUGAAUUAUUAUAUGGGUAUGCGAGAUGGACGUUAAAAUAUCUAUGGGGGAAGAGAAAACCAUUUGUAGAACUUGUUUGAAACUUCUAGAUAGGACUGGAUUUAUGUACCUAGAUGAUGAGAAUGGAUACAUUAAAAAUGUUGGGAAUAUAAGAGAAAUACUUCAAUUUUGUAUUCCUGAGUUGGAUUUAUAUGUAUCUUCAGAGCCAGUUAUAUGUUACCAAUGCUUACAUAUUCUUGUUCAAGUUUACAAUUUUAAAAUGAAAUGUCUAAAUAUUGAAAGCAGUAUUAGAACAUAUAUUACAAGACAUAAUCUUAUACAUAAUCAAGUUAACUUAAACCUUAUUCUGAGGGAAGAAAUUGUAUUGAAGAAGGCAAAUAAACGGAAGCAUACUACAAAUGACCACAUAGGCAUUGAUAACUCAGAUGAAAAUGUAUUAAAGUUAAUAGAAGACAUAAAUUUAAAUAGGACAAAAGCAGAUAAUGCAGAAAAUCUUCAAGUGAAUUACGAGGAUUACAGAGUACAUAACAUGGAAGUAGAAGUCAACUCUAGUCACAUUGGAAAUAUCACAGAGAAGAAUGAUGAAAUAAAUAUAAAUAAUAAGAUUAAAGAAUGUAAUAGUAUUGAUAUUAAAUUAGAGGUAGAUAUGCCAGAGGAUAGAAAUUUAGAACUAGUUGAUAAGAACGAAAAAACAAAUAUAUAUACCAAAAAUACAAAUUGUAUUAACAGUGAUCCUGAAUUAGAGACUAAUGAACACCAAAAUUUAGUUGUGGUAAGAAAAGAUCUGUUUGAUAGAACUAAGACUAAGAAAACAGCAAAACAAAGUAUUUUAAACAGUACACUUAUACCAAAAAAUGGUCAUAUUAUUCUUAAAAUUAAUCGUAAUAGAAUAGAACAUGUUGCUGAAGACACAGCUAAAAAAAAUGAUACUACUAAUAAAGCAAGUUUAUUAACAAGUGAUGAUGGUGUAACUACACUUAUACCUAAUCUUGCGAUAAGCAGUUUGGAAUCUCAGAAUGUACUUGAUGAUGCUGCUGCUGCAACUUCACAAAAUGAUCCAAAUGCCCCGGUAUUUAGUUGUAGUAAAUGCAGUUAUUUAACAAGCGAUAUAAUAAACAUGUAUGAUCAUAAUCGCAAUUUUCAUACUUUUGAAUAUACUUGUCAACAUUGUCCUUUUAGUACUUCUAAAGUUGAACUUCUCGGAAAACAUAUGAAUUCGGUCCAUCCUGAACUUAGAAAUUACAGCGUCUCCGAUAAUUACGCCUGUGGUUUGUGCCCGUUUAGCGUUAAAAGUAUUGACUUGCUUAGAUCACAUCACUUAACGGCCCAUAGAAAAAGUUUUGAAGAGAGUGAAGAUGGAGGUCCGAUCAUACUCAACAGCGCUUUCAGCGCGGAAGGUUCAAGUCGGGAGGCGAAAAUUUUUAGACGAUUGCAGUAUAGCUGUGGCGCUUGCGACUAUGCUACUAAAGAUAAAUCUAACCUUAGAAAGCAUUUAUUUACGCAUGGUACAAAGCCUGUUAUGUGCGAUCACUGUAAUUAUAAAUGUAUUUCACCCUAUCAGCUCAGAAGGCAUUUGAAACAGAAGCAUGUUAAACAGUCACUGCUAAAGAGAAGAGCAGCCCCUUAUGAAUUACCAGCUCUUGACGAAGACAAACCAUACAAAGUGGUCGGUACGUUGAAAAAAAAGGUAGAUAAUUAAGUGGAGGUCGUUCAAAUAGGUAUUAAUCUAAUGUUACUAUAAAAUUACCAAAUAUAAUUUAAGUAAAAAAAAAUGUAAAAUAAUAUGUCGUGCAUGUUAUUUAGUCAUUUUCUUUACAUACAUCAGUCUAUAAGUACCAUAAUAUACUAUCUAGUCAUUAGUUUCACUAUAUGUUGUGAAAAUUAAAGUUACAACAUAUUUUUACUAGUUUUGUGACUGAUUUAUUGAAAGACUUAUUUAUAAUUAUUAUUUAAUUAAUAUUAAUGUCUUUUUUAAUUGCUACUUCGUUCCAUUGUGUAUAAUUUAACUUUGAAAAAAUGAUAAUGUCAAAAUACUUCUCUACCUAUAAAACUACCUAGAGUCUCAUUAGGCAUAAUUGUCACUUAUUCUCGCUAUAUCAUUUAAUAGUCUAUAUAUUUUUUAUACAGUUUUAUUUUUUAUUAUUACUGAAAUAUUGAAUAUAUUAUUUUUUAAUUUGGUGUUAUCUUGUAAGAAUUUUUCUGUUUAUUUUUAAAGUUGUGCCAUCAGCAUAAUUAGAUUUAGUUGUCGUGAUAAUAUUUAUUUAUAUAAUUUAUUUGCUUCUUUUCUGUUUCUGUUUUUUUUUCGACUUUUAUAAUGUUUUACCCUUAGAUCUUAUAAACUUCGCGGAUAAAGCUAUGCCAACGACUUUGUUUACGGGACUUUCACAUGCAUUUUUCUAUUUAUUUCUUUCUAGAACAAGAUUAUCGUAUAAACCUAUCCUUCUCUCUGAAUACGCUACUGAGCAUGCGCAGAACGAUAUUACGUGUAUGCUAACUUGGGGCGUUUUUUCGCUGCGUUGACUACAAUUACUAAAAAUGUAGACCAUUAAAAAUUUUUAAUCAAGAUAUAUAACUGAUACUGAUUUAUUUAUUAUUUUGGAAAUAUUUGUCAUAUUAUCUCAGUAUACUUUUUAUAUAAAUUUUAAACAAAAAUUAAAUCAUAUAAGGAUAAAUUCUUUUUUAAAAAUGUUUUAAAAUACUACUUUGAAAAAUAGCUAUGAUGAAUGGGCAACACAUAGAACUCAGUAACCAAGGAAACAUUAAAAUAUGUUUUGACAUUGAAAACUCAAAACAAUAAGAAAUUAAUGCUUGAUUACUGCCACUUUUUGUGCUUUUUGUAUACUGUCUGACCCAUGAUAUAAAGAAUAUCCCACAUACUUGAUUUGGAUUUCCGACGAUAUUUUAGAUUUGUGUUCUUUUUGAAAGUGGAUAAAUUGGUGGAUAAAUAGACAUUAUGACUGAUAAAAGUGUUAGCUAAUUAUGUGAAGCUGUCCGCAAUAGGAAAAAUCUUAUCCUUAAAAGGACUCAACAACACUAAAAGUAUGAAAACCUCUGUAAAGUAUGUUCCAUAUUUUCAAAAACCAAGAUAUGUGUUAUUUAAAAUCGUUUUUUAAACCGACUUUUAUGCAGUGAAAUAUAUAUUUAUGUUAGGUAACUUAAUCACUUUAAACAUUAUUAGGUAAUUUACCUUUUUUUUAUUUUUUUCUUUAAAUAAUUGAUAUACUAAUAAAUAUUAUCCAAUAAAUAAUUAAUAUUCGAAUAACAAUAUAUUUUAUGUCAUAAAAAUGACAUAUGCCCAAAAGAAAGACAGGCGAUUGGUCAAUCUGUGUCAAAGACAAAGGUAAUCAGAGAGUCGAAUGUCGCUGACGUGUCUUCAACAAAAAUGAAGCGCAUUUACUUAUCCCCGAAGUUUAUAAGAUCUAAGGUUUUACCAAAGAAAUGGCGUAAUUGGAAAUAUUAAUUAUUAUACAGGGUGAGUCUUAAAUAAGUGCAAGUAUUUUCAGGGCUGGUAGAUCUCGAUAAAAGAAACAUAUUUUCUCU